UCUACAUUUUGUUUUCAAAAACUUUUUCUAUAUAUUAGUAUUAGUAUAGAAUUAGAGUUGUGUGAUAGUGUACCGUUAACACAUGAAAUUUAAUAGGAUUAGCGCGUUGCACAUUGUUUGCAGCAAAUCAAAAUCAUAUUAGAACUGUAAUUCAUGUUCUAUAAGGAAUCUGAAACAAUUCCAACCCCUAUAUAUGAUGAUCACUUACAUUUUAAUCUUACAUCUUAUUUUCAACAUUCUUAAUCUUCUUCAUACGUAACAAAACACGAGUAUUUAGUUUGCUGAAAAAUGGCGAAGUUUGAUAGUAAAUUGAGAGAAGAUUUAGUUCUGACGUCAAAUCUGAGCGCUGCAGUUGAUGGAGAAACAUAUGUUUCGAGGGAUUCCGGCAGCCACAUUCCUCCACCGCCGCCGCUUUACAAGUGGCAACUCCCCGGUUUCUUCGACGGCGUGGAAGACGAUGAAGUCGAUACAACCUUGAGUUUGAGGACUCCUGGUAGUAACAACACCAAUAAAUCAACAGGUAAAACGUCGGAGCCCCAAACAUCCGCCGCCGCGCACACUCCCCGGUGGAACCUGCCCAGUUUCUUCGACGGCUUAGAGGAAGACGAAGUGGAUACAACGUUGAGUUUGAGGCCUCCGGGCAGCACCAACAACAAAUCAACAAAGCCGCCGGAGAAGGCUAGUAGGCCGGAAGAGGCCGCCGAGACCUCUGCCAGAAACAUUCGUCCUCCACCGGUGGUGAUCAAUGCGGUGCCUCUGCGGUGUGCCCUGCCCGCCCUCGCUGAUCAUCCAGUUGAAGCCUCCGUCCACAUUCCUCCGGUGGUGGAAAUCAAUGCGACGCCUCUUCGGAACAAAAAGAUAAGAAAGAGUAGCGGAGAUAAAAGCAGGAUAAAUAAGAGGAGAAGGAAUGAAGAAGAUGAGCGUCCGCCGAUUCCGAGCCAGGGGCUGCUGCGGGCCGUAGAAUUGCAGAGCGGAAGCGUGCCGGAGUUCUUGUACCGGAAGAGACUGGAGAAGUGUGAUGUGUCGAGGCACCACAACAGGUUGCUGGUGACGGGGAGCGAGAGGCUGAUUGGGUUCCUGAGAGAGGAGGAGGCGGCGGCGGUGUUGGACGGAAGUGGGCUGACGUUAGUGGGGGUUGACGGCGGAGGGAAUGUGUAUGACAAUUUGGCGAUGAAGAAGUGGGCGAGCUUGAAUACGGUUGUCAUCAACUCCGGUUGGAAGGAAGUGGUUGCUAAGAAUAAUGCCCAGAAAGGUGACGUCGUCGAGAUUUGGGGUUACAGAUCUACAGAGAAUGCCAACUCUUGCCUUGGCUUUCAGUUUCGGGAGAGAGGAGACAAUUAAUAAUCCCCAUGCUUCAACUUCAAACAAUGCUGCUUAGUUACUUAGCCCAUGAAUUUUUUUAUUUUCUCAUUUAUUAUUUGUGUAAACAAUUUCGUAGCCAAGUUAAUUACAAUCACACUGUCAAAC